GCUACCCGGAAGUGUUUCGAUAACAACAACAGUGGUUUACAUGGAGUUGACCGAGUCGUCAAUUUAUUUAAGAUGUGGUGUUAGUCUGUGUUGCUACCAGAACGUGCACCUAAAUGUCACGUAACCUGGUGGUCUUGCCGAUAAUAUUACAGUUAACUAAGAAGAGUUUGUAACGUUAACAGUAACGUUGGCUGAAGUUAUGUAAUAGUUAGCCAACAUUAGCUAAGUUAGCUUAAAGCUGCAGUUAAGUCUAUGCGUGAAACACACCAGUAAGUUUGAAGCUGACUAGGUUAAAGUAUGGCUGACGACCCUCAGAGAAAUUUCCGCUCUGCAUAUUAUGAGAAAGUGGGAUUUAGAGGAGUGGAGGAGAAGAAAUCACUGGAAAUACUGCUGAAGGAUAAUCCUCUGGAUCUAGAAAAAUUGAGCACAUUCAGUCAGAGGUUCCCCCUCCCUUCUAUGUAUAGGAUUCAUGUGUGGAAGGUAUUGUUGGGCAUCCUACCUCCCCACAGUGACUCUCAUGCUCUGGUGGGAGGCUACAGGAAGGAGCAGUACCAGGACAUCCUGGAGGCUCUGGAGGUGAUGAGAUACAUCAAUUCUUCCACUUCCUGCACCCACAUCUACCUGCGCAUGUUCCAGCUGGAGAGCCAGGUGCUCCCACGGUGCUCCGAGACCUCAGUCCCGGAUGAAGAGAACGAGGACUUCCUUUCCAUCAGCCGAGCCAUGGAGGAGAUCGUAGAUGAUCCUGUCGACUGCUAUUGGCUGAUAAAGUGUUUUGUCAAUCAGUUCCACAUGAAGUUUGGAGACUCAGUACCUCACCUUCCGAAGAGUCUGGAGCAUUAUCUGAGUCAAGAGGAACCUCGACUGCUGAACCAUCUGAAGAACACCGGAGCCCUGGCUCAGCUGCCCUACAGCCUCUGGUUCAGACGCUGCUUCGCUGGCUGCCUGCCCGAAUCCAGCCUGCAGAGGGUGUGGGACAAAGUGAUCAGUGGCUCCUGUAAGAUCCUGGUGUUUGUGGCCCUGGAGAUACUGCUUAGCUACAAGAUCAUAUUGAUGAGCAUCAACCGGUCUGAAGGCGUGGUCAAGUUUCUGUGCAAUAUACCACAGGAAAACACAGACGCCAUUGUGACUAAAGCCAUCGACUUGUGGCACAAAUAUUGCGGCACUCCAAUGCACGCUGUAUAGCCACAUGGAGCGCCACUCUCCCCAGAUCUGGGCCCAGAGGUGAAAUGCUUUUCCAGGAUGCACUAGGACUUAACUCAACUGAGAGACUAACAGAUUUUGGCGUUCAGUGUCAGUGGGGAUUCGUCUCUGCAUGACUGAACCGAAAACUCAUCACGGGCUACUUUCAGUAAGCCGGGAGACUUUUCAUAUUGACGAGACAAUCCCCAGCUUUCCCCAGAGAAUAUGAUAAAACUAUAUGCGGUAAGGACUUGAAUGUAUGAACACAGAAAACAAGCUGAUUAAUGUGAAUGCAGAAAAGGGCAAGGAAGCAUAAACAUACUUUUUAAUAAGUUUCUUUCUUUAAGAAACUGCAUACAUCAUAUAAGACUCACAAUAAAUUAAUACUCACAUGCAGUUUUUCUGCUUUACAAAAAAACAUCUGAAAAGUCUCGCUUACUUUCUUUGCUCUGUACAAGUCUUAUAAUUCUGAGAAUAUUUUUCUCAAAACAUUUUUCAACGCACAAGAGACAGUAAUAUUACCGACGCUUGUACAUAAACACACACACACGCUCAGACACAGUUAUAACACACACACACCAGAUCAACCAUUCUCCCAAUAAUAUGCUCAAAACUGCCAAUUUAUGAACCUAAUAUGGACUGUAAACAAUUCAAAGUACGGUGGCAAGUGUUCAUAUUUUGUACCGCCAAAGUUUCGUCUCAGAUAAUACAAAAUAAAAUGCAAAAAAAAAA